AUGGAUCUCGCCAGCCUCAUCUCCCAGCCGGGUUCCGAGCCCGCCAUGACUGUCAAGUCUCGAUAUAGCCCUCCUGCCUUUGAACCUGGCUCCUUCUACCCUUCAGCUUCGGCUUUCCGCUCGCAGGCGCCGCUGUCUCCUCCAGUUGAGGACAAGGCACCUCGCUGUUCGCUGCCUUCUAUCUCUUCGCUUCUUGAUAGUGCUGAUGGCGCAUCAACACAUGCAGCAAAGCGCCAACGGUUGAGCUCCCCUUCACAGCGCGAGCUGGAUGCGCGCCCUGCAUUCGAAAAGACACAGUCUGGCGCCGCUCCAGUCCGCUUGCCUCCCACUCCGCCAUUGCGCCCUGGCUCUGGCUUCCACAGCACUACCCACUCGCCUUCCAGCUCAAUCUCAUCCGCAACGAACCAGAUGGUCAAGACCGAGUACCCUCAACCACCAGUGACACUGGCCAGCCCCAACGAGAGGUCAUCCAUUUCAAGCCAGGGCUCCGCGCCUCACCACCACGCUCCGGGCCCCUACGCCUCUCCAGCUCCAAGCGUUCCUUCCUACUCAUCUCCCGUUGAGCCAUCACCAUCAAACAUGUACUACCAGCGUCCGGCCUCCGGCACAUAUCAAGGCGCUCCUCCCCCGCCACCACCUUCAUCACACCACCAGCCAAUGAUCUCUCCAGUAACACCGGCCUGGCAGCACCACCACUACUUCCCGCCAUCAACCAACACACCUUACCAGCAGAAUCAUGACCGAUAUAUCUGCCGCACAUGUCACAAGGCCUUCUCACGACCCUCCAGCCUGCGCAUUCACUCUCACAGCCAUACCGGCGAGAAGCCUUUCCGCUGUACACAUGCCGGGUGCGGGAAAGCCUUCAGCGUGCGAAGCAAUAUGAAGCGGCACGAGCGCGGCUGCCACACUGGCCGCGCAGUCGCUACUGCAAUGGUCUGA